AUGUCCUUGGCUGAGUUUGAUGAGAUUAAAUUUGAGCAUUCUACAACUAGAUUGGAUAGACCAUCAUCCUAUUUAAAAAGAAAAGCUCGCCGUAACCCAAAUGGGAUCGAAGAAGGUAUAGCUGAAUUGCGUAAAUCCAUGCUAAGUAAUACAGUUUAUGUGGGCAAUUUGUCAUUUUACAGCUCAGAAGAACAAAUCUACGAGUUAUUUAAUAAAUGUGGAGAUAUAAAUCGUAUAAUUAUGGGAUUGGACAGAUUUAAAUUUACUCCUUGUGGGUUUUGUUUUGUAAUAUAUAACAACGCCAAAAGCGCAUUAAAUGCAGUUAAAUAUUUGGAUGGAACCAAAUUGGAUAAUAGAAAGUUACAAAUUGAUAUGGAUCCCGGUUUCAGUGAUGGUAGGCAAUUUGGUAGAGGAAAGAACGGUGGCCAAGUCAGUGAUGAAUUUAGAUUUGAAUUUGAUGCCAACAGAGGUGGUUACUCAUUUAAUGAUAGUGUUGUUGAAGGUGGCAGUAUAUUAAACAAUGGAUUUGGUGCUAGAAGAAUUAGAGAUGUUUAUAUCCCUAACAUUGGCGAAGGUGGUGAUGUAGAAGAAGACAGUUAUGUACCCGGCCAAUAA